AUGGCGACUUCUCAUCGUAGCCUCUUUCUCCUUCUCCUUUUCCUCUUUUCCGCUACAUUCACCUCCAGCCAGCAAAACGACGACGAACCGCCGCCUCAACCCGCCCUAGACCCGUCGGAGCAAGAAGCGGUCUACCGAGUCUUCGACUCAGUCAACUCAGCGAUUCCAUGGCGAACCAUCUACCCCGACGAUCUCUGCGCGUCGCCACCAUACGGCGUCGUAUGCGACUUCUUAUACGCUUCCCCGAACGGCGUCCCAACGUCUGUCCACGUCGUCGAGCUUCAUUUGGGAUACGUCUCUGACUACACGCAAAGCCCUCCUUGCGCUUCAAACGCUACACUCGAUCCUCUCCUCUUCACUUCUUUCAAACGCCUCCGCAAGCUUUUCUUCUACAAAUGCUUCACCGGCGAAGCUCGCGUCUUGUUGCCGGAAACCAUCCCGGAAGGUUUCGGGUCCUUUCUCGAAGAGCUCGUCUUCAUCGAAAACCCGUCUCUCGUCGGCCAAAUCAGUUCCUUGGUCGGAAACUUCACCAAGCUCCGGAGACUCGUUCUUUCCGGCAACGGGCUUCACGGGUCGAUCCCGGGUCGGAUCUCCGAUUUCGUCAGCUUGGAAGAGAUCACGCUCUCCAGAAACAGCCUGAGCGGAGGUUUUCCGGCGAACGCGACGUCUCGUCUGAGGAAUCUGAAAGUUUUAGACCUCAGCCAUAACUUUCUCGACGGAAACGCCCCUGAUUCCAUCGGCGAUUCGUCCGAGCUUCUCAAGCUCGAUCUCAGCUUCAAUGAUUUCUCCGGCGAGAUCCCUUCCGGCGUCGGGAAGUUGAAAAAGCUCGAGUUUUUGGACUUGAGCUACAACCGUUUCGGGAACUACGGCAUUCCUCUGUUUCUCUCGGAGAUGCCCAGACUGAGAGAGGUUUAUCUGAGUGGGAAUCAGCUCGGAGGGCGUAUCCCGGAGAUUUGGAAGAAUCUCGAGGGUAUUUCUGGAAUUGGGUUUUCGAGGAUGGGUCUCAGAGGGAACAUUCCGGCUUCAAUGGGGUCGGGUCCCAGAAACCUCUGGUACCUCGCGCUCGACAACAACAAUCUCGACGGUCACAUCCCGGAGGAGUUUGGGUUUUUGGACUUUGCCCGAGAAAUCAACCUCGAGAACAACAAUCUCACCGGAAAAGCUCCGUUCUCUGAGAGCUUCAGAGAUAGAAUCGGGAAAAAGCUCAGAUUAAGCGGGAACCCAAAUCUCGUCUUCGCUAAAAACUCUGAUCCUCCUCUCGCCGGACCGGUUCUCUCUUCGUCGGCGGCAAGGGCGUUCUCGUCGAUUUGCUUCCCUACAGUGUUUAUGGUUCUUUACAUUUUGAUGAAACAGUGA